AUACUACUCAUGCAACAAGCAAUGUCAUAUAAAACACAUCCUCUUUCAAUAGCCUUUAAUAACAAACAUUUUAAGUUUCCAAUAAUCAUGGGUAAAAUCGCCAGCAGAGCGUUUGUGUUUGUUUUGCUAUUGGCUUUGGUCGCAGAUUUUACUAUGGGAGAAACAGAGUUGGGUGAUGACAAGCACUUAUUUCCUCACCCUCAUCCUCGUCCUCUCCUCCACAAAGGUGGCAUCUACAAGAAGGGCUUCAAAAAAGGCUUGGGCGACUUAGGCGGUGGAGGCGGCUUUGGAUCAGGUGGCGGUUGGAUUGGAGGCAGCAUUGGAGGUUUUGGUGGUGGAAUAAGCGGUGGAUUUGGUGGCGGUGGUAGUGGAGCUGGAGGGGGAGGAGGAUUCGGUGGCGGAGCUGGUAAAGGAGCUGACGAUGGCGGAUUCGGUAAAGGAGUUGACGGCGGAGUCGGUAAAGGAAUUGAUGGUGGAGCCGGUAAAGGAGCUGACAAGGGAGCUGAUGGUGGAACCAUUGGGGGAAUCGUCGGAGGAACUGGUAAAGAAAUUGGUGGAGGAGCCGGUAAAGAAGUUGGCGGAGGAAUUGGCAGUGGAGGUCGCUGAGGAUUUGAUAAACCGUUGUGUGCAUUGCCGAGGAGCUAUAAUAAUCCCCAUGCAUGAAUAUUGUCAUUUACGUAAACUAGUUCGUUAAAAUUUAAACAUAUGAAAUAAUAACUGAAAUGUCUGUCGUUUCCCUUUAAUUUGUUUUCCACUUUUCCUCUUA